UGCUAUAUUAUGGUCUUGAAGAAUCAGUUCAUGCUCGAGCAAGAAUGACAUUUAUCUGUUAGCAAUUUGUGAUAUUUGAUGCUUAUAACGUUAAUUAAUUAUUGAUUUCGUGUAGUUUUAACUGACAUAUUUCCGAUGUCUUUCUCCGGACGAUUUCAUGGUCAAAAUCACAUAGAAUUAAUUAAUCAUUUGAAACGAUCUGGUAUUGUCAAAUCAAGCAAAGUUUAUGACGUUAUGUGUAAAGUGGAUAGGGGUAAAUAUAUCAGUCCUAAAAUUGCAUAUGUUGACUCGCCACAAGGUAUAGGAUAUGGUGCAACAAUAAGUGCUCCACAUAUGCAUGGAUAUGCAUUAGAAUAUUUAUCCAGUGCAUUACGUGAUGGUGGGAGAGCUUUGGAUGUUGGAUCAGGAUCUGGCUACUUAACUACAUGCAUGGCCUUGAUGGUUGGGCAAAGUGGCACAGUAGUUGGAAUUGAACACAUGCCAGAACUCCAAGAAAUGGCCAAAAGAAAUAUUGAGAAUGAUAAUCCUGAAUUGCUUCAAAGUGAAAGAAUUAAAUUGGUCGUUGGAGAUGGUAGGCUAGGUUACCCAUCAAAAGCUCCGUAUGAUGCUAUUCACGUUGGUGCAGCGGCUCCCGAAGCGCCAAAAGAACUAAUAAAUCAAUUAGCACCUGGAGGUCGUAUGAUCGUACCAAUUGGUUAUCAAAAUGCCGAUCAAACGUUAUUCCAAAUUGACAAAGCAGAAGAUGGAUCAAUUUUACAGAAAAAAUUAAUGGGGGUCGUUUACGUCCCAUUAACGGACAAAAAGCUUCAAUUGAAAUGAAAUAAAUAGAUUUUUAGUUCAAGUUGAGUUGAUUUUGAUCACACAAACACGUUCAUCGCAUGUUCAUGAUAUAUAAAAAAUUUAUAUUAUACCGAACAUUGUAUUAAAAAAUUUGUUAAAAAAGUACGA